GAAUCAUUCUCCAUCUUAACGCUGGGCUCAAUCAUCUUGGUCAGACCACAAAUCAACCUCGGCAUCAAAUCCCAAGCUUACUUCACAUCCCAAACUUUGGGGCAUAGAAGGCCACCAUUAUCUCGCAUAGAAUCUGUCCCAUAGCGUGAGCAUGCUUUGCUCUUCAACUCAUUCAAGCGCUAUGUUACCAUAUAGCUCUGCUCAUGGUUUAAAUGGCGUUGAUUCACAAGCAUCUUCUUCGUGCGCCGGAAAUGUUCGGUCAUCCUCACCUUCGAUCGGGGGAAGUAUGGCAAGACCUCGUCAUCAUGUCCGCAGUUUUUCGCAAGAGAAACGAUUUGGAGAUGCUACUUCAACACCAUCAUCAAAGUCUACAACACCUUUAUCGACGCCUCCGGUAAAGCACGCAUUGCCAGUAAGAGCCAAACGCUCGCCGUCUAUAGAAAGCGCAGAACAGGGUACUUCAACACCCUCUACCGCUUCAUCUUCUAGAACAUCAUCUACAUCAUCACAACAACCAAUGCCAAGGGUGCACAAUACACACAAUGGAGCUUCAACUUCCCCACAACGGGAAUCUUCUCCACCCAGAGCAUUGACGAAAGAGGAAACCGAUGAAAAGGAGCAAUUAGCAAAACUUCGUCAAGCACAGGCUAGUAGACGUCCUCGAGUUAUGCGAAUGACGCCUGCUUAUUCAAGCUUGCCAGGCCGGAUGAAUGCAGAUGUAGCAAAGAGCGUAUCAAACGCUCAAGGCAGUGGUGAGAGUGUUGAAUUUCCAUCCAAAGAUGGCGCUGGAUCGGAAGAGCCAAGUGCAGGAUUGCAAAUCGAUUUGGCUUGCAUUCCCUCUCCAUCUUUGCAAGAUUUGCAUGGACCAGUAACGGAAUCCAGAUUGGAUAGCAUCAUCCGUGACAGAAACGGUAACCCAAUCAAACCAUCUCUCAAAACCGCAAGAAGCUCGGUAAGCCACUUUUUGCCCGGUCGUACAACCAGAUCUGAUAGCACGCCAACUUUGCCUAUAGGUAACUUGACAUCAAAGAGUGUGCCAACCACACCAACGGUGCCCAAAAAUGUCCACUUUGAUUCGCAAUUGGAACAUGUCAAAGUGUUCAAAUUCAAGCAGAGACCAACAGCCGUAUCUCGUGACGGAAGUCCGGAGCAAACCGAAACGGAAACCGAAGAGGAGAAGGAAAUGUUCCCAUACAUUUGGAAAAAGAAUGGCUCUUCAAGCACUGACAAUUCUCCAACUUCUCCUUCUCGUGCUCGUGCAAAUUCUCCACCGGUUGAUGAGCAACUCGUCUUGCGAUUGCCAAAUUUCCCAUCUUCCACUCGUUUGUCGGUUGACCGUGAAGUGUUCCUUGAAAGAAUCUAUUUGGCCGAAGAUCUUCGUUCGGUCAAAGGUACAGUUCAAGUUCGCAAUAUGUCCUUUGAGAAAUGGGUUGCUGUGCGUUACUCUUUGGAUCACUGGGCAACGAUUGGCGAAGUGUCUGCCGAAUACUCUGAAUCCAUCAAAGGUGGCCAAGCGGACCGAUUCACUUUUUCUAUCAAAUUGAACGAGUUACUCAAUUGGCCCCGUGGAUCAGCAGCUCAUGAAACAAAGAGCAUGUUCAUCUGUCUUCGAUACACAGUGAGCGAUGGCGAAUUCUGGGAUAACAACGAAGGUCAUAAUUAUCAACUUGACUUCCGUAGAAGACCAAUGCCAACUACACCGGUCAGCACGCCAAUGGCUCAUUCCGUUCAGCCAAAGGCAAACGUUCCCGAGUCUAUUGCCAACACGGCAACACGUACACGUGUGAUGGAAUUGGCUCGUCGAGGUGUAGGAGGCAGAGGUGUUUUCGCAAUGGAAGAUCUGAAGAGGGAAUUGGAGAAAUUACGUUCGGAUGACGAAGAAGAGAUUCCAUCAAUUCCAGUUGAAGCUUUGCGAAAACGUACUUCACCUCCCGUUUCACCGGGUGGCUUACCGCAUACAAGAUCAUCUUCUCCGUCCGUUUGGACUGCACGAUAUGAUUUCGGUCAAUCUUUGCGCAAUCCACGUUCUGGAAGCCGUAAAACAGGAGAGGGAAGGGCGGCUGCGUUGGAUUAUUUCUCUGCAAGGCCAAUGAAUGUUGCUGCUGCAAAUAAUGCACCUGCUAAUACUUCUUCAGCAUCUGCAACGCCUUUGUUCACCGUACAAGCAGCUUCGCCUCCGUCGAACAAGACAGAUUUGGUUACCGCUUUGCCUGCAUCUUCCUUUAAUGCACGCUUCGGUAUGAUCUCUCCUGGUCUAGGUGAUGAGAAUGUUGAACAUAUGCCUGUCAACGCAAGCACAACACCAUCUCCUGCUGUCACACCUACUUUGGCCGUUCAAGCAUUAAACGGAAGUUACAGCCCUGAAAGAUUCCAUUCCUUCCCACCAUCCCGACAUGUGAGCUCACCUGGCUCAACGACGCCUACAGGACCCAACCGUCUUUCUCCGGUUUCCUCUAUGGAUAUGUUGCGCGGUAAUAGCCGUGACAAAGCUUAUUCACCUCUCAAAGCUUCCUCCACAAUCCCUCAAGCAUCAUUGAUGACAAGAACCGGAUCAGUGGAGGGCAUCAAACAUGAGAAAGGAGGAAGUUCAAGUUCAACAGAGGAAAGCCUGCAAAGCUCACCACGUUCUUCGCCACCGUCGGAUGGAGGAUCGCCAAAUCCUUUUAGCCCGUCGAUGAGCAUUUCUUCUAUGGAAAGCGAUACGACAGUGUCCAAUAUGACAUCGCCUGAAUCUCUGCAUUCAGUCACGAAAGCUGCCUUGGCUGGUCGUAAUCCAAAUGGCAUAAGUGCCGAUUUGAACGGAAGCGCUGUUUCUUUGACAUCUUUAUCGUCGAACGAUAGCAAUGAAACUGAAGAUGGCACGAAUACAAACAGCAGACAAUUUCGACCUGCAAGUAUGAGUGAUUAUCAAGAAUUGGUGAAUAAAUUUUGUUGGAAUUCCGAUUUAGUGCCAAGUGGCGGAAGUAUGGUUCCUGAUAUGCCUAUCAAUGGUGGUUUGGGCAAUUCUAGCGUAAUGAUUGAUGGACAGCCAAUUCAUAUCGUUGCACCUUUGAGUCCAAGUUAUCCACCAACAAACGGAAGUGGAAGUGGAUCGUCUACACCGACACGAUCACAUUGAUUCUUGCUCGAUUUCUCUUUUUUCUUUUAAACUCACAUGCGCACACACAUUUGUUCUUUUAUUUGCAUAUCAAUCAUCACAAUUAUUUUCACUCGGUAUCACACCUUUAGGGUAUAUCUAUGCAAAUAUCUCAUAUACAUAUAUAAUUUAUACAUUUUGUUCAUAGGAUCACAAUCAUCAUUAUCAUUAUCAUCAUGCUCAUACACACAUACUUGUUGCAUUUCCAAAACUCCGCAAUAUUUUUUAUUUUGUGUUGUGGUAUGAAUUGUUAUAUAAUCAAGUU